AUGGAUACUUUAAGGUUUUAUUUUGUGACCUGGAAUGUGGCCACGAAAUCUCCGGGUCAAGAUCUAAAUUCCUUGUUGGACUUUCCAUCACAGUAUAAUAAAAAUAAGCCUUUACCGGAUUUCUAUGUUAUUGGGUUACAAGAGGUCAAAUCCCAGCCUCAGAAUAUGGUAAUGGACAGUUUGUUUAGUGACCCAUGGACAUCGACUUUUAAUAAGAUACUUUGUAGACAAGGCUACAUUAUUGCAAAAAACAUAAGGCUGCAAGGAAUCAUGCUAUUGGUUUACACUCAGAUGAAACAUGUUACACAUCUGAGAGAUAUAGAAGCCCAGUACACUAAAACUGGUUUGGGCGGAUUAUGGGGCAACAAAGGCGCAGUUAGUGUAAGAUUUAAUAUUUAUGGGUGCUCGGUCUGUCUAGUGAACUGUCACUUGGCAGCUCACGAACAUCUGCUUGCCGAACGAAUAAGUGAUUACAACACUAUAAUAAAACAGCAUUUCUACCAUGUUGCUGAGACUAGUAAUAUCUUGUAUCAUGACUACGUGUUUUGGAUUGGAGACUUAAACUUUCGCACGGAUCAUCCGGCUGGCGACUGUCCAACAUCGGAAGAGAUCGUCGCCGCUUUGCGGAAAGUGGAAAAGGAUAAAUAUACGGGUCUAUUAAGGCAUGAUCAGUUAAUCGCUGUAAUGGAGACCGGUGAGGCGUUUUCUGAAUUUACGGAGCCUGAAAUUAGAUUCCCACCUACAUACAAGUUCCUAAUGGGCACAGAUGAUUACGACAUCAAGAGGAAGCCAUCAUGGACAGACAGAAUACUGUACAAAGUCAUAGCAAACAAUUACGAAAACAUAACUCUGAGAGCCGAUGUCGUAUCUUAUAAUCACGUCCCACAUUAUACCGUCAGCGACCAUAAGCCGGUGGUCGCGCUAUUUAAUAUCAAGAUCCUGCCUGCCUUCACUCGAUCCGUUUUGGCUGAUAAGCCAAAAGCAGCACGCUCGGCGAUUAGAAUGCGGGCUGGUAUAGUAACGCCAAUAGACGCAGCUGAGGAGGCUACUUCCAUCCGUGUUUCAUCUCCUGACACCGGCACUGGCAACAGCGAUGAUGAAAACUCUGUACCUGAACAGACCUUCUCCAACUACACAGAGAAGAUGGUGGAAUUCGCCCCAGUAGUAAGGAUAUGGUACAUCGGCGACGCCGACUUUAGGACGCAAUGCACAUUAUCGCCCGAUGUUGAGAUAAACCCCAACGAUUGGAUUGGCAUUUAUGAUGCGGAUUUCCAUAACUUGGACGAUUAUAUAGCGUACGAAUACUUGGCUAAAGUGAGCUUGCCACAAGCGCCUACGCCCAGCGGGCGACCUCGCACCAUCACGCUUAGUUUCCCAGUGGGCAGUGGCGUACGCACGCCUGGCUUCUACCGUUUCAUAUACAUCAGCCAGCCUAAUAACGAAGUUCGAAGCGUUCUUGGCAUAUCGGAGCCCUUCGAAGUGAGCAGCAAAGAGGACCGUCUAGUUUCGAUAGACCCUUGCGAGCAGGCUUCCACAAGCAGUAGUUCCCCCGGUAGAGCGAAGCCCUCCACCGCUACCUCGGAUAUCUUCACCGACUUCACGGGCCUCGAUAUCGCUAAUCUGUCGCGCCAUUUUUCCAACGACCUGAGCAUUGACUGA